AUUUUACGCCUAUAUAAGUAAACGAAAAAAUCAUUAAAAAUCAAUUAGACAAAUUAGAAAAAUUACAAGACUGAAUCAAGGAAAUUCCACCUACAAGAAGUAUGUUGCGAAAGAAACCACAGAUACUGUUGUUGAUAUGCUGUUCAAUGUUUGUUGAUGUUGGGGCUUGGUUUAGAGGAAGAGCUUACCAUAUCACGCAUAUUGCUAACGGAACACGGGAUACCAUAAAGAUUGAAUUGGUGCAAGGAACAAAUACCUAUACACGAGACAUCGCACCUAACACAUACGUUAGAAUCAAAACUGGAAUCGGUCGCCAAAACUUGUGUGUUUUCGCUGUCGAUGAUACUACCAGGGACAAUGAAGUCUGUCGAGGUGAAAGAACUGAUCGUAGUUUUGUAAUCAGAACAAGGCUCGGACAACCUAAGAUAUACAGAGCAUUAUAUGGGAAGAUUUGGAAGAUAGAUAAGAAAAAUCCGUAA